AUGACAACCCAAACCCAGACCCAAUCCAACGGCUCCUCCACCUGGAUACCCCCCCAAGGCAACUCCUCCCAAUGGGGCUCCCAACGCCCGGUAACCCUGACCUCCACCGCGACCUCUUACGCCAACGGCAGCAUAACCUUCAACGCCGGCGCCUCUCUCCCCGACACCGAAGCCAUCGGCCCCGAAAGCCAACCUUUAUCACAAUGGCAAAAAGCCGCUGGCAUCGACCCAAGCAAACAGGUCAAGAUCGUGAAACUAGCGCACAUGCGAUACCAACAUCCUGAUCUCGAGGAGAUUACAACAUUCAUGCGGGAUUUCGGGAUGCAUAUCGUGCAGACGUCGGACCACGGUAAUGAAGGCGGGAAGAGGAGAUGGUUCAGAGGAUAUGGCUCAGAUCAAUACGUCUACUACGCGCAAUCGGGUCCCAAGAAAUUCCUCGGAGGGACUUUCGAAGUGGAAUCACUAUCCGAGCUGGAAAAAGCCACGGCCAUCCCGGGGGCGGCAGAAGAAGGGAUUCAGAAACUGGACGAUGCGCCGGGGGGAGGCCAUAUGCUCACGUUGACUGAUCCGGAGGGGUUCAUGGUCAACCUGCUUUACGGCCAAGAAGCGGCACCUACAGGCGAUUUUCCGGAGAAGGUGAUUGUGAACGACGAGGUGGAGAAACCGCGCGUGCGGAAAUUCAAUCGCUUCACGCCUGGGCCCGCUGCCGUGCAUAAAUUAGGACACUAUGGGCUCUGCGUCCAAGAUUUCGACGAGCAGUUGAAAUGGUAUACACGGAAUUUCAACUUGGCGCCGACGGAUUUCUUAUAUGUGCCUGAUGGUGGUGGUAGCAAGGAUGGCGGUGGUGGGAAGAAAGACGUAGCGGCUUUCCUACAUAUCGACCGGGGUGCCGAUCCGGUGGACCAUCACACGUUCUUCAUGUCGACGAAUAAAACGAGCCAUGUGCACCACUGUUCCUUCGAGGUCCACGAUUACGAUACCCAGCACUUGGGGCAUCAAUGGUUGGGUGGGAAAGGGUAUACCAGUGUCUGGGGCAUAGGGCGACAUAUCCUGGGAUCGCAAAUCUUCGACUACUGGUGGGACACAACCGGCAACAUGGUCGAGCACUACGCCGACGGGGACCUCGUGAACCACGAGACCCCCGUCGGCUGGAGCGACGCCAAGGACGAGAGUCUGGCGGUCUGGGGCCCGGAGGUGUCCAAGUGGUUUCUGGAGUAG